AUGCCCGCGAUCUCAAACCCAGACAUCUGGCUCGCUGCCGAAAAUGUUAUCAGGCUUAAUUCACAGCGCCACCAUAUCCCUUUUGAGAUUGGCGUUCCCAUCAGCUGGCCAUCGCAGUGGUGCAUGCAAACAGGAGGCAUCGUCUUAGCUGCAAAUAACACCACGCUGAGCACAGUCCAAAGCCUGAGCCGGUCAUGCAUUAAUGGCUUCCAGUAUCUUUUGUCAGGCCUCAGAGAGACCGCACCUCGUUUCCUCCAGCAGAUGCCUCCCUCGACAAUAGAAAUACAGCUUGGGAAAUUCAGAAUCUGGCGUGGAAAUCCUGGUGCUUUGCAGACGGGCUAUUCCUCGCUUGAUUAUAGGCUGAGAAAGUCCGCUCUGAUGCACAAUAAUAUCUCGCAACUUCUCCAGCAGCUUGGUAUAGCAUUGGAAGAGUCUACUGCUGUCGUAUCAGGAGAAAGGCCUCCGUUCGAUGAGGAGUCCAUCCCAUCAGAUAUCAGCGAAGAAUCCGAUGAUGACACAAGCCACGGGAACUUUCCAUCAACAGAGCUAUCUAUGAAGGUUACAAGUAUUACUGAAAUACUUAACAACCUAUACCGAUUAUCCUCCAAAAUUCGUAACUCUGGUCUGCGCCCCAGCUCAACCAGGGCCAGCCUGGUCCAAGAGGUGGACAACGAGACAGGGAUCGAUCUCUUCCAUACGCUUCAUGAGUUUGACUCAAAGCACCUGAUUGAACUUCUCACAGCAAUGCGUCAAGGAAGGGGUAGAGACGAUGGACCUUCUGAUUUCCUUCCCGAAAGACUCGCAACAUCUAAUGUCUUACGUCGAAAGCAAUUUAGAUACUGGGAAAGGCAUGCCAGAAAGCUUGGUGUUCAGCUUAUCCCUGUGACCUUGACAGCUGGUAGAGAAAGGCCCUCAGCAUCAGAGGCUCCAGAAGAUGCAGGACUUCGACAAGGGCGGCGGCUUGAGCUUCCUUACUCGGUCGAGGAACAGAGUCACCUCUGGGGGACUAAUGCGACACCGUAUGACCCCGCCCUAGAUGAUAGAACAGAGAGACAAACCAUACUAUCACUGGCAUCGACUGCUCUCGGCGCCGACGGAAAGGGAAUUGAGGUCCCCAACCCCCCCAAGGAGGCACUGAAUGGGGACUCGUUUACCUGCCCUUGUUGUUGGGUUGUUUGCCCCCCAAAGGAAGGGAGAGGGAAGACCUGGAAGUCGCAUGUCCUCCAUGAUCUGAGACCUUAUGUAUGCACGAAUGAAGCAUGCAACUCGGCCAACGAUCUUUAUCAGUCAAGGAAAGCAUGGGUGGAUCAUGAAGAAGCUGUGCAUCGACCCGGUUGGCGAUGCCGCGAUCACCCCGAUGCUUUAUAUGUGACACCUGCUAGUUUUCAGAGCCAUCUGUUACGAGAGCAUGAUAGAGGUCUCUCAGUCGAACAACUCGAGGACCCAACUAAUGUCUCUAAAUUGGCGCUCGUCGAUGACCGUGAUGUUUGCCCUAUUUGCUUCGAAGAAUAG